AUCUGUGAUUGGUUAAUCCAAUGAGUGCUAGAAGCCAAACGCAUGGACUAGAGCAAGCUAUAUAGACGUGACUAUUCAUUAGACAAGUAUCAUUCUCGAUUUAAAUAACCGAAAAGCGAAAUACAAAACUGUAAUAAUGUCUGGACGUGGUAAAGGAGGAAAAGCUAAGGGAAAGGCCAAGAGCCGAUCAAGUCGUGCUGGACUUCAGUUCCCAGUCGGUCGUGUUCACCGAUUCUUGCGAAAGGGUAAUUAUGCAUCUCGUGUCGGUGCUGGUGCCCCAGUUUACAUGGCUGCCGUACUCGAGUACUUGACUGCUGAAAUCUUGGAGUUGGCUGGCAACGCUGCCCGUGACAACAAGAAGAGCAGAAUCAUCCCCCGUCAUCUUCAACUUGCCAUCCGUAACGAUGAAGAGUUGAACCGUCUUCUCGGAAGUGUGACCAUCGCACAAGGAGGUGUAUUGCCAAACAUCCAGGCUGUACUUCUGCCAAAGAAGACCCAGGCCAAGACCAAGUAGAUUUCAUCAACUCUUUAUCUUCUCGAACCAAACGGCUCUUUUCAGAGCCACCAAAUACACAAAAAGAGAUUUGAAACAUAG